UUAAUAAUAAUAUUUAUUAUUAUUUAUUACAACAACCAAUAUAAAUAAAUACACAAUCUUACCUAGUUAUUAUUAUCCUCUAUCGGUGAAAUUAUUAUGACUUUAUCAUUCAUUUGACUCACCUCACUUCUCAAAGUCUUACAUUUAUUUUUUGGUGAAAAGCGAAAUGGAAUUUGACGAACACGAAGAAGAUCAAGAGGAGGAGGAGGAAGACGAAGAAGAAGAAAUGGGGUUCCCGGUUACGCCGGUUGCAGGUUACGACUCGCUCGGAAACUCCGGCGUACGGUCCAAACUAAGCGGUGGUGUUAUGGAAACCGAUGGAGCAGCGGUUAUCUCUACAGGCGGUGGUCUCAAAAGUGCGGCCAAAGGGACGGUGAGGUACAGAGAAUGUCAAAAGAAUCACGCCGUGAGUAUCGGCGGUCACGCUGUUGACGGUUGUUGCGAGUUUUUAGCUGCAGGUGAAGAAGGAACACUGGAAGCCGUAAUUUGCGCUGCUUGUAACUGUCACCGGAACUUUCACCGCAAAGAGAUCGACGGCGAGGUCAUUUCGCAUAAUCAUCAACAACGGUCUCACUCUCACUCUCAGACUCAGUACCACCACCAUCAGUUAUCCCCUUACUACCACCGUGCAGCGCUGCCUCCUCCACCAGGAUACCACCAAUUAUUAACUCCACCGCCGGUUUCACACCACCGCCCGUUAGCUCUUCCGCCUGUCGCAUCUGGAGGCUUCAGCAGAGAAGACGACGAUGUAUCAAUUCCAAGCAGCAGCGGCGGCGGAAGUGGAACGAAGAAAAGGUUUAGGACGAAGUUCACGCAGGAGCAGAAAGAUAAGAUGCUUGCAUUUGCGGAGAGUAUCGGAUGGAGAAUCCAGAAAGAAGACGAAGGUGCAAUUGAACAAUUCUGUGCUGAGAAUUACAUCAAGAGAAAUGUGCUUAAGGUUUGGAUGCACAAUAACAAGCACACUCUUGGUAAGAAACCCUAAUUUUGUUCCUUUUUUCUCUCUCUUUCAGUAAUUUCGAGAACAUUAAUCAAUUAUGGAUUUCAGUGUCAAUAGGACAACUGUGGGACAUCGUAGAAAGGAACAACUUAAUUUGUAUUGUAAAAUUUUAUUUAUUUAAUGGAGAUCUAGCUAGCUAGGGUUCUUACUCCA